CCCAGGAAGCAGCGCUGCUUAUUUGGGACUUUAUAGCGAUUAUAACGGGUGAUUCACUACAUUACGAGGUCAGGAGGUAUUAAUGUAGACCGUUAAAUAUGUCUGAAUAAUGUCGGGUUAGCUUGCUGCCAGCGUCAGAGGACUUUUGUUAUGAUUUGGCGUUGAUAUCGACGAUGUUUACUUCAGAGGUUCCUAUAGAGGGUAGCUAAUAACUGGAGCUUGUAGCCUUCACUGCCUUAAUAUCAGGCAGAAACGUCCGUAAAAACAGCGUCUAUUUGUUUUCUCCUUGGUCGUGGGCUGGCGGAGAGCCAAGAAGUUACUCUGGAGCAGGACACGGAGGAUAGUGUGGCCAUGACGGGGGGGACUGCAGCUUCCCUCCCCAUGAGCAACCACACCCGAGAGAGGGUGACCGUGGCCAAGCUGACACUGGAAAACUUCUACAGCACUCUGCUCACCCAGCACGAGGAGCGCGAGAUGAGGCAGAAGAAGCUGGAGAAGGCCAUGGAAGAUGAGGGUUUACCAGACGAGGAGAAAGUAAUGCGUCGCUCGCAGCACGCUCGUAAGGAGACAGAGUUUCUGCGGCUGAAGAGGACGCGGCUGGGAUUGGACGACUUCGAGUCCCUCAAAGUCAUUGGACGAGGUGCUUUCGGAGAGGUUCGUUUGGUGCAGAAAAAAGACACGGGGCACAUUUACGCCAUGAAGAUUUUAAGGAAAGCAGACAUGCUGGAGAAGGAACAGGUUGCUCAUAUCCGAGCAGAGAGGGAUAUUUUAGUAGAGGCAGACGGUGCCUGGGUGGUGAAGAUGUUCUACAGCUUCCAGGACAAGAGGAACCUCUACCUCAUCAUGGAGUUCCUGCCUGGAGGCGACAUGAUGACCCUGCUGAUGAAAAAGGACACUCUGUCGGAAGAGGCCACCCAGUUCUACAUCGCAGAGACCGUGCUGGCCAUCGACUCCAUCCACCAGCUGGGCUUCAUCCACAGAGACAUCAAACCAGACAACCUGCUGCUGGACUCCAGGGGACACGUGAAGCUGUCAGAUUUUGGUCUGUGUACAGGACUAAAGAAGGCUCACCGCACAGAAUUUUACAGAAACCUGACGCACAACCCGCCCAGCGACUUCUCCUUUCAAAACAUGAACUCCAAGAGGAAAGCAGAGACCUGGAAAAAGAACCGGAGGCAGCUGGCUUAUUCCACCGUGGGAACACCAGACUACAUCGCCCCUGAAGUCUUCAUGCAGACGGGAUACAACAAGCUGUGUGACUGGUGGUCUCUGGGUGUCAUCAUGUAUGAGAUGCUCAUCGGUUAUCCACCCUUUUGCUCGGAGACACCACAGGAGACGUACAGGAAAGUGAUGAACUGGAAGGAAACCCUCGUCUUUCCACCUGAAGUCCCCAUUUCAGAGAGGGCCAAAGACUUGAUAUUACGGUAUUGCACUGAUGCUGAGAACAGGGUUGGAGCAGUGACUGUGGAGGAGAUCAAAAGUCAUCAGUUCUUUGAGUCGGUGGACUGGGAACACAUAAGGGAGCGGCCUGCAGCCAUCUCCAUCGAAAUCAAGAGUAUCGACGACACCUCGAACUUUGACGACUUCCCCGAAUCAGACAUCCUUCAGCCAGCCAAUUCGACGGAGCCAGACUUUAAAUCAAAGGACUGGGUGUUCCUCAACUACACGUACAAACGCUUCGAGGGCCUGACUCAACGAGGCACCAUCCCCACAUACAUGAAGGCAGGGAAGGCCUGACACGCUCCAGCGGUGGGGGGGCCAUACAGAGUUGUGGAGAGAAAAAACAGACGUUUACGGACACAGGGUCGGGCCGCAGAGCCCCGCUGGUGCUGAAGAGCUGCGUCGUCAGCCUUUCAGUCUAAAUUUAACCCUCAUCACAAGUUAUUUAGGUCUGCUCAGCUGCCGCAAGAACGCCAAGAGCUUGGAUAUUAAGGAGCAUUACCACAUUACCUCGGUUGUUUAUAUCGUAUAUACUGUACAUGUGCUGUCUUUAGCCAUAGCUCUCAGGCCAGCUCACAAACUAGGACACUAAAUCAGCAUAUCUGCAUGUACAGCGGCAUAUCGCUUCCAGAGAGGAUUUUCACUUCCUAUCAGUGGGGAAUGAGGCUUGAAUACGAAUCACUGCUCUGACAUACUCACAUCGAUAGCUUCAACACUGGUGGCUAAAUUAGCUCUAAUACUGAAGACACGCUCUAUACACUGUUAGUCAAACUCUGGAUUGUUGUUAUUAUUAUUAGUAAGUAUGAAGAGGAAGCCUUCACAAGUUCUCACCUGCACUCCUUUCAUGGAUUUAAAGGAAAGUUCCAGCAUGACUUCCAAUGUUUUUGCUCACUUUACGCUUUUCCCAGCAAUUUAAAGCUAUGUGUGAAAAAUGUAUCUUUAGUUACAAUUGAUUUCUAGCCUACAGCUGGCAGAUUGGUCUUGUUUGGGUUUAUCUGUUGGUUUAACAGCUGGUAUAACGUGCAGCUAUUCAUUAUCUAGAAACGACAACUUAUGGAGAUACUGGUGGUCCGAGUUCUUGUUAGCAAAGUGCUAAUGGAUCCAGUGAAAGCUCAGUUAGCUUCAAGAUUAUAUGAGACAGUGUUAGGAAUGUUUAGAAGGUGUAUGUAAAUGUGCUUGUUGACACAUGCUAGAUGCAUGGCUCUUGGGAUGGAAGUCAGUUGGUUUAUCACUUUUGUCCAGACUGAAAUACCAUGCUAUCAAAUUUGGUAGCAAUAUCAAUGCUAUCCAAAGUAUCCUAAGUUUUCCCUGACUUUUCAUCCUUCCUCAUCAUUACAUCAAAAUUCUAGUUUGACCAAAUUAAUGACAUUCCCUUCAGCCUCUGCUGUACUUUGCUAAUGUCCUAAUUAGCCAACGUCAGCAUGCUAACUCUGGAAAUUAAGAGGGUAAACAUUAUACCUGCCACACAUCAACUUCUGAGCAUGUUAGCUGAUGUUAACAUUAAGCUCAAUUUAAUGCUGUGCUGUGCUCAAAUACCUCUUCAUAGAGCUGCUAGCGUAGCUAUAGAGUCUUAGUCUUUAGUUCUGUAAGAAGUGUAUUUAUAUAAAACGUUUAUUGGAAGUUCUUUCUAAAUGUAAAGUUUUUUCAUGGUAGUAGUGUAAUGAAGUUUUUGCCCCUUGAUUGAAUUCAGUGUCCAGUUUCUGUGCUGUUUCUGUGCUGUUUUGGACCAACGUAGCCAGAAACCCCCCCCCCCCCCCACAAAAAAAAAAACAGCAACAAUUGUUAAUAAAAAAUCUAAAACAAAUGAGCAAAAAUUGAGAACAUGCUGGAAUCCUCCUUUAACCCUCAUGUUACACAGUGCGACUCUGUGGCAGCUCAGUGGGGUAAACACCUUCUGAGUAGUUGCUGCUCACAGAGGAACAACGUGUUGCCAGGAAACAUGUGAAUGCAAAUUUACCCUGCGCUCAACAUCCGGUAUCUUGGAGUGCUGCCCAUUCACAUUGCCAAACAAACUGCCCGAGUGUGUCACUUCCCUUUUUAAAGCCCCGUUGUUUUGUUCAGAUCAAUGCGCCAGUAAUUGAUAUUUUCCCCCAAUUUUAAUUCCAACCAGUCCAAGGGCCAAUCACUUCCUCCUUAGAUGGACAAAACAUGCAAAGUGCCUUUUUUUAAAUAGCUGAUAAAUAUUUAAUCUGAUAUUUGAUCAAUGUUAUUAGUAAUUAAUCAGAAGGCUGUUAAUUAUAAUUCAGGUGGAUACAAUGGAGCUGUUAAAGGGAGAAAAGUAGCACCAGGGAAAAGCUGAAAGAACAAAGGAUAUAAAGUAGUUGUGACCUUGCUAGUUGAGCUUUACAGGUCAAUUUGUGAGCAAGCAAGAGUCAAGCAAAUACAAAGCCCUGAUGAGAACACUGAUAAAAGACAAAAGGCGGGUUUAUUAUAGCGUGGGUAAUAAAAGAAGGGGCUCAUAAAAACAUAUAGCGUCAAAGCAAACACAAUGAACAAAGUGACUUUGUCAAGUAAAAAUUCAAUAUAAUGACUAAUGAGAAUAGAUUAUCAUGGUGGAAAUCUUAGACGGAUGUUUUUUGUCCUUGAGAUUUGUACAUUUCUUUGUUAAUUUUAAAUCAAGUGUCCAUUCUUCACGUUCUAAAAAGAAAAGAAAGAAACAAAAAUCAGACACAGGGCCUGUCCUUGUCAGUAAAACAAACCGUUUAAAGAUCCUGUCUGCUCAGAGUUGUGACUAGACACAGCCUGAAAAUAGUUACCAAAGAACUCUGAUCGUCACAUGUCGUGAUCUGAAACGCAAAUUCAGAUGUAGCCGUCGCUCAUUGCACUUAACCUGAAACUACCUGUCAUAUAAUAUUUAAAAAAAAAAACACCUUUCCAAGAGAGCUAAAUGUGGGUGUGGUAUCAUUUGCCAUUUCUGUUUCUACACCUGUCAGAAAAUGAGUGCGCAUAGACAAAUAUUUCUCAAUUUGCACGUCUGUCCAGUGUCAAAAUGCAAGAAAUGCUCUACAUGUAUAUACAGAAGCAGGAAGAAACAGACUGAGAAUGACUAAGUUCAGCUGUGGCCAUCACAGAAAUCCCAUAUUUAACUGUUAGUGGUGCUAUUUUUUUGAGGAUUUGAAAAGAAUUAAAUGUAUCUAGCAGGUCGAUAGAUUAGUUGCAUUGUAGUACACCUGUACCGGUGUUUUAUCUGUUAAAGCUUCAUUCAUCCAGGUAGUCCUGCUGAAAAUCUGUUGGCCGCGAACGCCCCAUCGAAACUGACAAGAAAGUUGUUCGCAAGCAACACAAUGUACAAAUAAGGGUCGACUGAUGUGUAUAUUUCUGUAUUAUUUAUUAUUUUACAUGUUUUUCUCGAAGGAAUUCAUAAAUCUGUGCUAAAAUUCUGUGUAUUGACAUUGGAAUUGAAAUUGAAUGUCAUUUGGUUUUCCAUAAUUCAAAGGGGUACUCCAUUGAUUGCAUCUCUAUAAAGCUGGGGGUCUAACAUGGUUAAAAUACAGAGGCCCAGAUUACUUUUAGUGCUAAGUGUGAUUAAAGUCCUAAAAUAGUGAAUACUAUACUUCCCA